CAAGUGCUAGGCUAAAGAGCUUAACCACUUGAGAAGAUCCCUCUCUAUAAAUAGAAGUCGAUUCUCUCAAAGCUCUACACACUUCACUUCCUCUCUUAGCUUCAAACAAAAUUACUACAAUGGCUGGGAAAAUGAGCAUUGUCUUGUUUGUUCUUUUGGUGGUUUUCCUGACUCAAAGUCAGGUUUCAAGGGCCAACACUAUGCGUGAUGAGCAGCAGCAACAACAGAGAAAUAACCAACUGUAUGGUGUUAGUGAGGGAAGUCUUCAUCCUCAAGAUUGUCAACCAAAAUGCACGUACCGGUGUUCAAAGACAUCGUAUAAGAAGCCGUGUAUGUUUUUCUGCCAGAAAUGCUGUGCAAAGUGUUUGUGUGUUCCUGCUGGUACCUAUGGCAAUAAGCAAAGUUGCCCUUGCUACAAUAACUGGAAGACCAAAAGAGGUGGCCCAAAGUGCCCAUGAUCAUCCAUAUUGUAUUAAAAUGUGACUGCAAACACCCAACUUCUGUCAAAUCUAGUAGUAUUAAUUAAUUAAUCAACACUUGUCUCAAGUGGUGUAUUAGCUAGUAAUGUUAGGUCCCAAUUAUAUAGAAGAAGAUUGGGCUAGCUACAAGUACUAUAGCAUGGUUAUAAUUAUGCAGCUUUUUUGUGUGACUUAUUUUAUAUUAUUAUGACUAUAUCUUAAGUGAUAUUUAUUGGUGUACCAUAAGAAUUAUAGCAUGUUCAAGUCAUCUAGUCCAAGGCCAACUUGGCGUUUGAAUGGGCUAUUAUACUAAA